CAAUAUUCCUCAUUGAGGUGAUAAUGAUAGCGAGAUUAGAGUUGUUAAUGGUCCAUGGCCCAUGUGUGUAAACCAGAAAACGUGCUUUGCUCAUUGAGAAGCUGCCGAGUUGAUUUCUUCUUCAAUUCAGGAAAAUUCUCACGUUUUCCGCUAAUUUAUUUUUCUGUCUCUCCAAACGCACCACGCUUUAUUUUUUAUUUUUUUUCGAGAUUCGGUUGAGUCCACUCCACUACGGUUGAGUUGAGAAUUGAGGUAAUUUUUUUUGAGGUCUUUUGCUCUUAUCGUAUCACAGAUCUGAUCGGGAUCCAAUUCUAAUGUUAGGUUAACUUCCUUCUUGCUGCUACUAUAUGCAUAUGUCUUUCUGUUAGAUUUUUUUGGAAUUUGAUGUGAUUUCGGAUGUUAUUUUGGGUAAUCGAUUGACAAUGAGUGAUUUCUCAUGAGAUUUGUUGGUAAUAGGGGUUUGGAGUGAUGAGUUUGUUGUGUAAAUGGAUAAUGGUUUGCAGAGUGAUGUUUAGGGUUCAGAAUUGCUUGUAAACUGAGGAAUCGAACAUGGUUAAGUGAAUGACGGUUUGAUGUGGAUGAUGGAAGUAGGAACUACUUACUUUUUGUGGAUCGGUAUCGAUGCUGUUAGUUGGAUUUCUAGUUUCCGAGGGAUUCUCAAGCUUUUUUGAUAGCUGCUGCUUUGUUGUACUCACUUCCAUAAUAAUGCCUCAUGUUUAUUGGUUUAAUGGAACUUUUUUUUGGUUUGAUGCUGGGGUUGUGUUUCUUUUGGCCGUAAACAAACAUAAGGCUUCAUUUCAACAAGCGGAGAUUUGUUACUAGCAGGCAUCUCUACUUCAAACUGAUCAUUCAGCAUGUUCUGGAUUCUUAUCUAAAUACGAUUCACGGAGUUCCAAAUUUCAGCAUGCUCAUAAUAAUGACAUCUAGGUUUUAAUCACUGUGGAUACCUGAACAACGGCAGUAGUUGCAUGAUUGAUUUAUUUACAUUGUUGAUGGUUACGGAGAUCAGUUUCCCUACUUGAUUUAGACAAUUGCUCCAGAUUUAUACAUAGACGUACCAGGAACAAUCCAAUUCAUUGAUUUGGGUUUAAGGGUCAUUCUUUUAGAUGGUCUGCAGGCCAGAAAGUGAUAUAGUUUCAUUUUCUUCAAGAAAAUAGCAGACAUGAUGAUCAACAAACCACUUGUAUUGACCUACCUUUACCUACUGAUAUACAUUGUGCUUUCAUCGGGGGUCAUAUUGUACAACAAGUGGGUUCUCUCUCCAAAAUACUUCAAUUUUCCCUUUCCUAUAACACUUACCAUGAUUCAUAUGGGAUUUUCUGGAGCAGUAGCAUUUUUUCUUGUUCGUGUUCUAAAGGUUGCAUCUCCUGUCAAAAUGACAAUUGAGAUAUAUUCGACAUGUGUGAUUCCCAUAAGUGCAUUCUUUGCCUCAAGUCUCUGGUUUGGUAACACUGCUUACUUGCACAUAUCUGUGGCCUUCAUCCAGAUGCUCAAAGCUCUAAUGCCAGUGGCAACAUUUCUGAUGGCUGUCAUCUGUGGCACUGACAAAUUAAGGUGUGAUGUGUUCUUGAACAUGCUGCUGGUCAGUGUUGGAGUUGUAAUUUCCUCGUAUGGGGAAAUUCAUUUUAAUGUAAUUGGUACAGUUUACCAGGUUACGGGCAUCUUUGCAGAAGCUCUUAGGCUGGUCUUAACUCAAGUCCUUCUCCAAAAGAAGGGCUUGACUCUAAAUCCUAUCACCAGCCUAUAUUACAUUGCUCCAUGCAGUUUUGUGUUUCUAUUUGUACCCUGGUAUUUUUUGGAGAAGCCACAGAUGGAAAUUUCACAGAUUCAGUUCAAUUUCUGGAUCUUUUUCUCUAAUGCUCUUUGUGCAUUAGCCUUGAACUUCUCAAUUUUCUUGGUAAUUGGUCGAACUGGAGCAGUUACCAUCCGGGUUGCUGGUGUUCUGAAGGACUGGAUACUUAUAGCCCUUUCAACUGUUAUAUUUCCAGAGUCUACAAUUACUGGGCUGAAUAUUAUCGGCUAUGCAAUUGCAUUAUGUGGUGUUGUGAUGUACAACUACUUGAAGGUUAAGGAUGUCCGUGCAGCCCAACUCUCUUCCGAAAGUCUUCCAGAAAGAAUUGUAAAGGAUUGGAAGUUGGAGAAGAAGUCAUCUGAUAUUUUCGUACCCGACAGUAGCAAUGACAACAACAUUCGAGGUAGCGGCGGAGGAAAUGGCCCGGGCGCGGAUUUGAAUGCGGCUGAAGCCACACCUCUACUUGCAUCGGCUAGACUCUCUCAUAUCGGACGUUCACAGCUUACCAUUCAUACGGCAUGAUUCAUGAGAACCCAGAUAUAGAUCAGUGUCAGAAAGCCUAUCUAUCCAAGUGCGACGUAACAAGAAAAACGAAAAUCAUUCUUUUUUAGCCUUAUUACAUGAAAUAGCUCGUUACACUGAAGGCUAAAGUCAAUCAUUGAUGGAGAUCUAUAGAUCAUAUCUCUGUAUUUAUAUUCAUGGUCUUUCAGUGUUCAAGCGGUCCAUGCUAUAAUUGAGGCCUUUGAUUUGGACACCCCAUUAUUUUACUUCUGCAAACGACAUGAUUUUGAUUGAUGUUGAGUGUCCGAUUAAUGAUGAGAACCAGGAAUUUCCACGGCAGUGGCAUAUAAUCGAUUGUAGAUGUCAAAAUGAUUCUCCUCUUAUAUAGAAAUUUUAUUGAUUACUAUUUUCAUUUCA